UACUUUCAAAUUGUCAAACAGAGGGGCAUUGAAGGCAGGGUAAAUCUGCAUACUUCUUUCUGUGAUAGUGAGAAACAGAGACAGAGAGGGGGAUGGAGAGGGAGAAGGAAAUGAAGCAAUCAAAGUUCAAGAGGAUUUGUGUGUUCUGUGGGAGUAGCCCAGGAAAGAAGAGCACUUAUAGGGAUGCUGCUAUUGAGCUUGGCAGGGAAUUGGUCUCAAGGAAUAUUGACCUAGUUUAUGGAGGAGGGAGUGUUGGUUUGAUGGGUUUGGUUUCCCAAGCUGUCUAUAAUGGUGGUCGCCAUGUCAUUGGAGUUAUUCCCAAGACGCUCAUGCCUAGAGAGAUAACUGGAGAGCCAGUGGGGGAAGUGAAGGCUGUGGCGGACAUGCACCAAAGGAAGGCUGAGAUGGCCCGGCAGUCUGAUGCCUUUAUUGCCUUGCCUGGUGGUUACGGGACUCUUGAAGAGCUUCUUGAAGUGAUAACCUGGGCCCAGCUUGGCAUCCAUGAUAAACCCGUGGGAUUGCUGAAUGUGGAUGGAUACUACAACUCCUUGUUGUCAUUCAUCGACAAAGCUGUAGAGGAAGGCUUCAUUAGUCCAAGUGCGCGUCAUAUAAUUGUUUCGGCCCCCACUCCAAAGGAGCUUGUUAAGAAAUUGGAGGAGUAUUUUCCACGCCAUGAAAGAGUUGCUUCAAAGCUAAACUGGGAGAUUGAACAGUUAGGCUAUACUCCAAAAUGUGACAUCUCAAGGUGAUGAAUGGAUGAUGCAUGAAGUCGAGUUGAGGAGGAGGAGGAGGCUUUUGGUGAAGAAAGGGACUAAUUUUAGACUAUUACAAAUUUCCUUUGAGGGGAUUCCCAUUUUUUUUUUUUUUCCUUUCCUUAGGGUAAACUACAAGAAUUUGACAUCAAAAUAUGUAGCUAGACUAUUCUCUGCAAUGGGAAUUGGGAAUUUAUGAUGCACCUUUUGGUUUCCUGAAGCAGG